CGAAAUUGCACAGCCUCUGUUCAUUCCGCUGUGGCAAUUAUUAUUGUUUGAACUAGGUGGAUGGAAGCCGUCAUCAUUCGCAAAUAUCUCCAUCUCUCCUGGGUUCCCAGAAAUUGGAGAUCAUCACCGGGUUGAAGCCCGUGCGUGCUUUACCUCAUCCAUCAUUAAUUAUCCGCGCUGCCAAUGACCAGGCCAGAGACGCGCAUGUUCUCUUCUAUAUCACCAGGAAUACGUCUUUGAACUGGACCCUUCAUUUGCAGCACGUAAAUUCCGCCUUAGAAUCUCAUGGCGUCGAUCCUACGACAGAUUGUCGCUGGUCCUAGACAGCAGCAUCCCGAAGCAGGCUUGGAUCUCUGCUACGUGACGGACAACUUGAUCGCAACAUCCGGUCCAUCUUCCAACUACCCGCAACGCGCAUACAGAAACCCCCUUGACGAAUUGGUCAAGUUCCUCGACUCCAAGCACGGCAGCGACUGGUGCAUUUGGGAAUUCCGUGCGGAGGGCACAGGAUACCCCGACUCGGAAGUAUAUGGCCGGAUCCAUCAUUACCCAUGGCCGGACCACCACCCGCCCCCGUUUGCUCUCCUUCCCGCCAUAACCGGGAGCAUGCGCAACUACAUCCAUCGACUGGAUGAUCCUCAGUCUGCAAACAAACUGAAAAGUGACAACAAGCCCGACAGGGUUGCCGUCGUUCACUGCAAGGCGGGAAAGGGCCGCAGUGGGACCGUCGCCUGCAGCUAUCUGAUCAGCCAGGAGGGAUGGAAGGCGGAGGACGCACUGCAGCGGUUCACGGAGCGCCGCAUGAGAGUUGGGUUUGGUGCCGGUGUCAGCAUACCUAGUCAGCUGCGCUGGGUGGGGUACGUCGAUCGGUGGUCGAAUCAGUUGGAAAAGAAGUACAUUGAGCGGCCGGUUGAGAUCCUCGAGGUACAUGUCUGGGGCCUCCGAGAUGGGGUCAAGGUCGCCGUGGAGGGUUAUGUCGACCAGGGUAAGAAGAUCAAGAAGUUCCAUCGAUUCCAGAAAACCGAGCGCACGGUCGUAGACGACGUGAAUGUGACACUUUUCGAAAGCAAGAAUGAAAAUGCGCACCCGCUGCAGCAGAAGAGGAGCAGCAACAAUAACAGCAACAGCGGUAGCCCCGAAGGGUCUUCAAGAUCAUCCCCGACAGGUACCCCUACCCCCGAGAACCUGGCCGAUUCCGCGACACCGACAACAACAACAUCUUCAUCAACAGGUUCAACGUCAGCCAAACCCCAGAACAACCCAAUCAAACACAUCUCCAACGCCAUCUUCCGGCCCCGGCAGCCAAUCAUCAUCCCCACCUCUGACGUGAAUAUCGACUUCGAACGCCGUAGCAAGGCCGCCUACACAGGCUGGGCGAUGGUCACCUCAAUCGCGCACGUCUGGUUCAACGCCUACUUCGAGGGCGGCCACGAGCACGACUCCGGGGUAUUUUCAAGCGAGUGGGACGCAUUGGACGGCAUCAAGGGUACCACCCGCAAAGGCGUCAAGGCCCUCGACCGCAUCAAAGUCGUCUGGCGCUACGCCCCCUCCCAGCAACACGGCAGUGGUGAGAGGAGUAGCAUCGACCACACGACCAACAACGGAGCCACCACUGUGGACGAAGGCCAACCCAUCACCGAGCCCAAACCUGGGGAGCCAGCUCCCGAAACCCAACCGCCGGACUGGCACAUCCAUGCGACCGACUCCGACCAACAGGAGAAUCUGGACCCCGCCGAAGGUGGUAGUGCUUCAAGGAACCCGAGCUCCUCUUCCUCCUUCAAAAAGGACCACGGCCACCAUAAACACAAGCACGGACACAAAUCCUCGACGGCGUCGGACCAUUCCAUGGCCGCGGAGCUGACGGCCACAGCCGCAGCGUCGAUUCAGGACUGGGGGAAACAUCUGGGGUUACGGAAGCAGACGGACGAGAGUAAGGAUGUCAGUCUGGCGGGGAGUGAGGAUGAGGUGCGAGAGUCCGGGGAAGGAGACUUGUUGAAGCAGACGACGAAGAAGACGUGAAUACUACUGUAAGCUUCAUCUUCUUUCCUGUCAUCUGGAAAGUCCCACGACUCGCAUGUAUUGGGAACCGGCUCUUGGGUCGAUAAUCAUGCUUCAGCGUUUCCUUUCUGUCUAUUUUCCUCGGGAAACUAUUAGAAGUAAGUAUACGGAUAAAAGGUGCUUUACCCUUCUUAUACCCCGUGCUGGCUUUUUCUAUCAUGUUUAUUCUGGUUUGUUUCGUACAUACAUACACAGACUGCGUGUUCCAUAAUUUUUCGAGCUUGCGGAAGCUUGGUAAAAAUCAGCUCCCCCGGUCUGGCUUGCAGCAAGAGCGAUGACACACGGAUAUGGAAGAAAAGGGGUUUUAAGCUAGAUUACAAUGCGGCUGAUGUACUGUACACUGGCGGAUCCAACAGGUAGUCUGCCGGACAUAGGGAAUCAAGAAACAGAUAUUGCGA